UUUUUCGGAGACUUUCGCAAACAAGUCAUCGCUCGCAGCCUCUCUUCAGUUUGUUGCCGGCUCUCUCUCCCUUUACCCUCUCUCUCCUCUCUCUCUCUCUCUCGGCGCCGCGUCGCCUCCGGACCCUCUCGCCAUGGCGAGGCCGCCGCAGGAGGCGAUCGACACCUUCGUCAGCAUCACGGGGGCGGACGAUGCCCUGGCCGUCCGCAAGCUCGAGGAACAUGGUGGUGACCUCAAUCGGGCCAUCAAUUCUCAUUUCAAUGAAGGAGACAGCACACUGAAUGCAAUCAAUCAAAACACUGUAAUUGCUAGUCGUGAUGAUAUGGAUGUGGAUGGACCACUUGAUAAUACAUUCCAAAGAUCUUUGUUCCCGGAGAAUUUCCGUGAUCCUUUUGCACUGAUGGAUCCAAAUUUUCAGCAACAAUUUUUCGACAGAAUCGGUGCCACUGAUAGUGUCAGUCUUGGGCCACUGGUUUCACACCCUAGAGAGGUGAGAGAGAUUCCUAUUGAAGUUAAGGAGGGUGAUCCUCAAACAGGUCCAUCUGGUCAGGCCCCUGUUAUUGAGGAUGUUACUGGAAAUGAGUCUUCACAUGGCCCUGAAGUUCAUGGAACUAUCAUAAUUGAUGAUGAGGAUGACAUGUUGCCAUCGGCACCAUCUGCUCCGCAUGCUAAUAUUCCUAGCAACACAUCUUCUGUGCCAACUGCUCCUCCAUUGGUUCAUGUUAAUGAUUAUGAUGAUGACAUAGAAGAGGAAAUGAUUAGGGCAGCAAUUGAAGCUUCAAAGAAGGAUGCUGAAGGACUGGCAAAUAUAGUAGAGCAAGGAGGAGAUCAACAUCCAGAGAGCGUGAACUUGGGAGAGCAUUCUUCUGAUGAAGCAGACAUGAGAACUGCAGAUGGAACAGUUGAAAGGCAAGGACUAGCUUCAGGAAAGGCUGGAACAUCUAGGCAACCCAUAGAUGAAGAGAGCUUGCAAGAGGAUACUGAAGAUGUAGAAGAACAACCGUUGGUCAGACGUCGCUCUAGGCGUGUCCCUUCUGAAAGCACUGAGUUAGCACCAAUGGUGCAACCAGGUCCUAGCCCUGUACUUAACAAUAGCCAGUCUAAUGGAGAUGAUUUCCCAUCUGAGUGGGGUGGCAUUUCUUCUGAGGAACAUGAUGAAGCUGUUAUGCUUGAGGCUGCAAUGUUUGGUGGAGUUCCUGAAAGACCAACAUAUCCUUUCUCCAUGCCUUCUCACAGAAGCUCAACUUAUUAUCCCCCACUGGCGCACUCUCCAUCACCAGCAUUAACCGAACAACGGUUAUUACGAGAGCAGCAGGAUGAUGAAUACCUUGCAUCUCUACAAGCUGACCAAGAAAAGGAAUUAAAGGCCUUACAGGAGGCCGAGCUCCGCCGCUUAGAAGAAACGGCUGCGAGAGAAGCUGCUCUUGAGAAACAGAAGCAGCAGGAGGAGGAAAGGCGUAAAAAGCAAAUUGAGGAAGAGGAGCUAGAAUCCAAUCUCGCAUCCAAGCAAGCAUCAUUACCAUCAGAACCACCUCCGGACAUAGAAGGUGCUGUGACAGUUGUAGUUCGCAUGCCUGACGGUAGUCGACAGGGGCGUCGCUUUCUCAAAACUGAUAAGCUUCAGUUUCUAUUUGAUUUCUUGGACAUCGGGAGGACUUGCAAGCCAGGGACCUACAGAUUGGUCAGGACAUACCCGAGGCGCACCUUUACAACCAGCGAGGGUGAUGUAUCAUUCAGUGAUCUUGGCCUCACAAGCAAGCAAGAAGCCCUGUUUCUAGAACAGAUCACAGAAUAGUGCCUGUGUCUUAGGCAUUGUUAGAGAGAGAUGCUAUCAGGAAUUGGAGGUUUUACAUUUCUAUACUUGCGCCUUGUAUCUGUAAAGAUUCAGUCCGUCAAAUGGUUCGGUUGAAGAAAGGUUAAAAAUUCUUUUGUGGCGACACUUUUAUUAUGUUAUAUGUGCCUGCUAAAGUGCUAAGAAAAGGUUCAUGCCAGAGUAAACCGUGGAGGGCAUGGGGCCAGGAUAUGUAUACAGUGUGAAACCUUGUACCGAUGCAUUAUCAUUCAUUUCAAAGAGUACCCCUCUGCGCAAA